AUGACGUUUUUUCACGCAUUGUAUUUUUUAUAUUUGAUGUGAAAAAUUAAAACAUUUGCAAUAAUGCACAGUCAAGUAACACACAGGGCUUGCCAAGUGUUGCAGUAAACAGUUAACAACAACCACAAAGCUAAACACAGACUGUUGCAGUCGCUGGCCGCACUGUCAGCAACAACAAGAGAAAGGAAACACACCGUUUAUAGUUUAGAAAGAGGCUAGAAAAACAACAGAUAAACGACCUUGGUUGCGUUGCAUACAAUAUGCACAGUAACUCUACGAAAACGAAGGAAAUGUUUAUUGUGCGUGCUCUAGAGAAAAUCCUUGCCGAUAAGGACAUACGGCGGUCACAUCACUCGCAGCUCAAAAAGUCCUGCGACACAGCGCUAGAACAAAUCAAAGCCGAGCUCAUACAAGCUGGCCAAAUUGCAGAAGGUAAUGAGCUGCCCUGCGCCGCAUUGCCGUUGCCCAAAAAUGAUGCGGCAAGCAUUAUCAAUGCGGAAACGUACUUCCUGCCUUUUGAGCUGGCCUGCAAAAGUCGCUCGCCACGCAUUGUGGUCACAGCACUGGACUGCCUGCAGAAGCUCAUAGCAUAUGGACAUUUGACAGGCGCCAUACAGGAUUCAGCGAAUCCCGGUCAUCUGCUUAUCGAUCGCAUUGUCAUUACCAUCUAUGGCUGCUUCAAUGGACCACAAACAGAUGAGGGUGUGCAGCUGCAGAUAAUCAAGGCGCUACUGACAGUGGUCACCUCGCAGCAUGUGGAGAUACAUGAAUUCACACUGCUGCAGGCGGUGCGCACGUGCUAUGACAUUUAUUUGUCCAGCCGAAAUCUGGUGAAUCAGACAACGGCGCGUGCCACGUUGACACAGAUGUUGAAUGUGAUUUUUGCGCGCAUGGAGAAUCAGGUAUACGAGGUGCCGCCACCGGCUCCACAACAGACGACAACGACGCUAAAUGGCAGCGCUGGCAGUCAAGAGGAAGAAUCUGGCAGUGAGGCGCCGGCAACAGAUGACAGUGAUGAAGUCAUAGCGUCAGAGUUGCUGGCUGAAAUCAUAACAGCCGCCUUCAAUGAGGCUAUGAAGGAUCAGAACCAGGAGCAGGACCAGCAUGAAAUGGAUGUCUCGAUGAAUGGCAAUGGCUCCGUUGACUCUUCGCACUCGGAUCAUGACAGCGUGGAGCUGCACAGUGAAAACGAUGCCAUAGUCACAGCCAAGUUUACACACAUAUUGCAAAAGGAUGCGUUUUUGGUAUUUCGCGCGCUUUGUAAGCUGUCAAUGAAACCGCUGCCCGAGGGUCAUCCAGAUCCCAAAUCACAUGAGCUGCGCUCCAAAGUGUUGUCUUUGCACUUGCUACUGCUUAUACUGCAGAACGCUGGACCUGUCUUCCGCUCCAACGAGAUGUUCAUCAUGGCUAUAAAACAAUAUUUAUGCGUUGCCUUAUCAAACAAUGGCGUCAGCCUAGUGGCCGAGGUCUUUGAGCUAUCGCUGUCUAUAUUUGUGGCACUGCUGUCCAACUUUAAGGUGCAUCUGAAGCGUCAAAUUGAGGUGUUCUUCAAGGAGAUCUUUCUUAAUAUACUGGAGGCCAGCUCAAGCUCCUUUGAGCACAAGUGGAUGGUGAUACAGGCGCUAACGCGUAUUUGCGCCGAUGCGCAGUCCGUGGUUGAUAUCUAUGUCAACUAUGAUUGUGAUUUCUCAGCGGCUAAUCUUUUCGAGCGUUUGGUCAAUGACUUGUCCAAAAUAGCGCAGGGAAGGCAAGCACUUGAGUUGGGUGCUAAUCCCAUGCAGGAAAAAUCAAUGCGCAUACGUGGUCUAGAAUGUCUGGUGUCCAUUCUUAAGUGCAUGGUCGAGUGGAGCAAGGACCUGUAUGUGAAUCCUAAUAUGCCAGCGCCAGUGCUGCAGGUGCAAUCACCUGCACAGGAGGGCGGCAGCGAUAAUGUGGAUACGCUAUCAGCACACAAUUCUAGCCUGCGCUCCACGCAUGGCGGCUCCAGUCAUAGCUUGAACUCCUAUGGCAGCGCCAAGAAUCAAGAGCUGCUGGACUUACCCGAAGCACUGGAGGAGCGUAAAAUGCGUAAGGAAGUGAUGGAAACGGGCAUAGAGCUGUUCAAUCGCAAGCCACAAAAGGGCGUGCAGUUUCUGCAGGAGAAGCAGCUGCUGGGCAAAAGCUGCCAGGACAUAGCACGCUGGCUGCAUGAGGAUGAGCGCCUGGACAAGACAGUGAUAGGCAAUUAUCUAGGCGAGAAUGAUGAUCAUUCCAAGGAGGUGAUGUGUGCUUAUAUUGAUGCCUUUGACUUUCGCCAGCUGGAAGUGGUGGCAGCGCUGCGAAUUCUACUCGAGGAAUUCCGUCUGCCCGGCGAGGCGCAAAAGAUCGAUCGCCUUAUGGAGAAAUUCGCGAGCAGAUAUUGCGAGUGUAAUCCACAAAAUCAACUGUUCCAAAGUGCAGACACUGUGUAUGUGCUGGCCUUUAGCAUUAUAAUGCUUACGACAGAUCUGCAUUCGCCGCAGGUCAAGCAUAAAAUGACCAAGGAGCAGUAUAUAAAAAUGAAUCGCGGCAUUAGCGACAGCAAGGCUGAUCUGCCUGAGGAGUACUUAUCUUCAAUAUACGAUGAAAUAGCGGAGCAUGAAAUCAAAAUGAAGAAUAAUUCAGCACUGCUGGCGCCCAAGCCACAGGGCAAGCAGCCUUUUAUAACCGAGAAGCGACGCAAACUCUUAUGGAAUAUGGAAAUGGAGGUCAUUUCGUUGACGGCCACCAAUUUGAUGCAGUCGGUAUCGCAUGUUAAGUCGCCUUUCACCUCUGCCAAGCACUUGGAGCAUGUGCGUCCCAUGUUUAAAAUGGCUUGGACACCAUUUCUAGCAGCCUUCUCUGUAGGCCUGCAAGUCUGCGAUGAUCCAGAGAUUGCUACGCUUUGUCUGGAUGGCAUACGCUGUGCCAUACGCAUUGCAUGCAUCUUCCACAUGUCACUGGAGCGCGAUGCUUAUGUGCAGGCUUUGUCUCGCUUUACGCUUCUCAAUGCCAACUCGCCCAUAAACGAGAUGAAGGCGAAGAAUAUUGACACCAUCAAGACCUUAAUAAUGGUGGCACACACCGAUGGCAACUACUUGGGCAGCAGCUGGCUGGACAUAGUCAAAGUCAUCAGUCAACUGGAGCUGGCGCAGCUUAUCGGCACUGGCGUGCGUCCGCAGUUCUUGUCUGGCGCACAGACUACACUUAAGGAUACGCUCAAUCCCAUAGUCAAGGAGCAUAUUGGGGAAACCAGCAGUCAGAGUGUUGUUGUUGCAGUGGAUCGCAUCUUUACCGGCUCCAUGCGGCUGGAUGGUGAUGCUAUUGUGGACUUUGUCAAAGCCUUGUGCCAGGUGUCGUUGGAUGAACUGCAGCAGUCGCAGCCACGCAUGUUUUCGCUGCAGAAGAUUGUGGAGAUUAGUUACUACAACAUGGAGCGCAUACGUCUGCAAUGGUCACGCAUUUGGCAGGUGCUUGGCGAGCAUUUCAAUGCCGUCGGCUGCAAUAGCAAUGAGGAGAUUGCUUUCUUUGCUUUGGACUCACUGCGUCAGCUUUCGAUGAAGUUCAUGGAAAAGGGUGAAUUUAGUAAUUUUCGUUUCCAAAAGGAUUUCCUGCGCCCCUUUGAGCAUAUUAUGAAGAAGAACAACUCACCCGCCAUCAGGGAUAUGGUAGUGCGUUGUAUAGCCCAAAUGGUCAACUCCCAGGCACAUAAUAUACGCUCAGGCUGGAAGAACAUCUUUUCCAUAUUCCACUUGGCUGCCGCUGAUCACGAGGAGCCCAUUGUGGAGCUAGCCUUCCAAACCACAGGCAAAAUCAUUGGCGAAUUGUAUAAACGGCAGUUUGCUGUCAUGGUGGAUUCAUUCCAGGACGCCGUCAAGUGUUUGUCCGAGUUUGCUUGCAAUGCACGCUUUCCGGACACCAGCAUGGAGGCCAUUCGCCUGGUGCGCAACUGCGCGCAAUGCGUGCAUGAUGCUCCGCAGCUGUUUGCCGAGCAUGCAGGCAUGGAGAACGAUGCCUCUGUGGCGGAGGAGGAUCGUGUGUGGGUGCGCGGCUGGUUCCCCAUGCUGUUCUCGCUCUCCUGUGUCGUCAAUCGCUGCAAGCUGGACGUGCGCACACGUGGACUUACCGUGCUCUUUGAAAUUGUCAAAACACAUGGUGAAAGCUUUAAGCCCAACUGGUGGAAGGAUCUGUUCAAUGUCAUCUUUCGCAUAUUUGACAAUAUGAAGCUGCCGGAGCAUGUUACAGAGAAAUCCGAAUGGAUGACCACCACCUGCAAUCAUGCGUUGUAUGCUAUCAUAGAUGUGUUUACGCAAUACUUUGAUGUGCUGGGGCAUUUGCUGCUCGAGGAGCUCUAUGCACAGCUGCAUUGGUGCGUGCAGCAGAAUAACGAGCAGCUGGCCAGAUCCGGCACCAAUUGCCUGGAGAAUCUGGUCAUCUCGAAUGGCUUCAAGUUCAAUGAGGUUACCUGGGAUAACACCUGUCAGUGCUUGCUGGAUAUUUUUAAUGCCACGGUCCCAAAGGAGCUGCUUAGCUGGCGACCCAGUAAAUCACACAACAGUCUGGAGCAGCAGCAGCAGCAGCAGCCGACGCAACCUAGACGCGCCUCCAGCUCAGCACAUUCCAUGUCGGAUGCGCCAGUCAUGGCGUCGGCACACAAUCAAUUUGAGGCGCUGCACAUCAAGUGCGUGGUGCAGCUGGAGCUUAUACAGACCAUGGACAAUAUAGUCUUCUUCCCCGCAACUACGCGCAAGGAAGAUGCCGAGACGCUUACGUUGGCUGCAGCAGACCUGAGCAACAGUCGUGGCUCCACGCAGUCGCAGCAUUCACUGCAGCUGGACUGCCAGCGUGAGGAGCAGGGCAUGUACGGUUAUCUGCGCACGCAUCAGCUAUUCACGCUCGCCGAGUGCCUGCUGCAGUCGCAUCGCUUUGCCAAGCGCUUCAACAACGACCAGGAGCAGCGCAAUUUGUUGUGGCAUGCGGGCUUCAAGGGCUCGGUGAAGCCAAAUCUGCUUAAGCAGGAGACCGCUUCGCUGGCCUGUGUUGUGCGCAUUUACUUCAAGAUGUAUGGCGAUGAGAAUCGACGCAGCGAUUGGCCAACCAUUGAGCAGGAGUUGGUGCAAGUGUGCAAGGAGGCGCUGGCCUACUAUCUGAGCCUGCAGAGUGAGACGCAUCGCGAUGCCUGGACAUCGUUGCUGCUGCUCAUAUUAACGCGUCUGCUUAAGAUGUCUGACACCAGGUUUGCCACACACGUGUCCAACUAUUAUAGUCUGCUCUGCGAGAUGAUGUGCUUUGACCUAAAGCCUGAACUGAGAAGUGUCCUUAGGCGUGUGUUUAUGCGCAUCGGUCCAGUAUUCAAUAUUAUGAGCGCGAAUGUUAAAUAGUCAAGGCCACGCCCUCUUUCACUGACUCAGCCCUGCUAGCAAGGCGCUGUUUAUCAAUCCUUAACUCCACCCCCCCUCGAACUAUCACCCCUAGUUUUACAUUUCGGGCUUUGUUGUUAUGUUGUUGAUUUGUCAUUGGCCUCCGUAAGCAGAGUUUAUAUUUUUAUUAUAUACAUACAUACCAUAUACAAUACAUAAAAAAGCAUAAAUACAUUAUAUUUAUAUACAUAUACACACAUAUAUGCGAAUGUAACGUUUGUAGGUUAACAAAAAGUGUUGUUGUUUUUAUAUUCAUAUAUAUGCGCCCAACUUUAUGUGUGAGCGUGCGUAAGGCUUUAAUAUGUGUCAGUUUAUAUAUAAUUAGUUUCUUUCUUUGGCAAAAUUAAAUUGGUGUAACCAUUUAUUUAUAACUUCACUACCUAUCUCUAUAUAACACAAUUAUGUAGCAUAAAUAAUAAAUAAUACUAAAUGCU